CUUAAUAACAUGUAAUACAAGCGGACUGUUAGACGCUCUAAUGAUUGUAACAUGAAAGCAAGAGCCGAUCCGAACUGAUUCACAAACGAUGAUUUCACUGCCUUUGUAGAUAGAUAUAUCGAAUCUUGACUCUUGGUCAAGCCCCACGGCAUAACAUCAAUUUGCUAAUCGUCACGGAUGGAAAGUUCUGAAAACGCAAGGAAGGGAAAGCCUUUCAAGGUUCAAGACGAUACAGGGAAGAGGAAACAUCUUGUGAUUUACAAAACGUUCGAAUCAUUUGAGGAAACAUGUAAAAGGAAAUUCGAAAUUGAUAUAAGCGACCAAAUCACAUUUGAAACUGAAGACAACUUUCAGUUGGAUGGGGAAUCAAUAGAAUACCAAGGUGAUAAUGCAAUUCUAAUUGUUCGCGUUAGAGGGGAUGAAGAUGUCUCUGGACCAGUUUCACCUAAUAUACCGGAGCAGGCUGCAGAUUCUGAUGCAGCGAAACGGCAAACAGAAGAUUCGAAACAGAAGGUAAAUCCAAGUGCCAAACAAUAUUCUGAGUGGUCAAGCAAAUUGAUGGAAAAAAUUACAGCAGGCAAGGAUAAACUUGAAAAACACAUUAAGCAAUAUGGAGAGAAGGGAGUAGAGAAAAUAAUAAGAGAGACGUUAGAUGAUGGACGUACGGUUCCGUUGGUAAUAGCAGUGAUGGGCAGAAGCGGAAAUGGAAAAUCGAGCUUAAUAAAUGCAAUACGAGGAGUUUCGAAGGGUGAUCCGACAUAUGCUGAUGUCGGGACAACUGAAACAACCAUGACACUAACACCUUAUCCCCACCCACACUAUGAAAACAUUAUCUUAUGGGACAUUCAUGGAGUUGGAACAGACAAUUUUCCAAAAGAAACAUACUUAUCAAAAAUACAGGUUGAUAAGUAUGAUUUCUUUAUCAUAUGCUCCUCAACGAGAUUUUCUGAUGACGACUCUUGGUUAGCUUCCGAAAUACAAAAAAGAAAUAGAAAUUUUUAAUUUGUUAGGACAAAAAUCGAUAACGACCUUCGUGAAGCUAAGCACGAAGCAGGUUCUAAAUUUGACGAGAAAAGGGAGUUAGAAAAAAUUGGAAAUGACUGCAAGCAAAAGCUUUCGUCGCUGUCCGAACUUCCUGUAUUUCUAGUUUCAAGCUGGAAAACAGAGAAAUACGACUUUCCACUUUUCAUUGAGAGUUUGGUAGAGGAUGCCCCUGAAAUAAAAAAAACGUGUUGUAGUUUUCGGGUUAAUUAGUAAUUCAGAGAAAGUUAUAAAGGCUAAAGCCGAAUACCUAAAAGGGGAAAUUUGGAAAGUGUCAUUGCUCUCUGGUUUAGGGGGUGCAAUACCAGUUCCUGGCCUUUCAUUGGUAGUAGACUUUAAAUUGAUACAAGCAACUGUUGAGUCGUAUGGUACUCAGUUUCAGUUGACUAAAAAAGAUUUGGCUCGAUUUUCUGAUAGCGCAGGGUUACCAUUAGAUGCUUUCAAACAGGCAGUAGGUCUAAAAUUAUCUGAGGGGUUUCUAUCAUCACAAUGGUUGAAAACAUAUUUAUCAAGCAUGGUAGCUGGAGGGCUUGCGGAGGAUGGAGUUUCAUUUAUUCCCGUAGUCGGCACUGUAAUUAGUGCAGGAAUUUCUUACAAGGUCACCGGGAGAGCACUAGCAAAUAUUUUACAAGAUUGCAAAAAUGAUGCUUUAGCAAUAUUCAAAUACCUUGCCAAGAAAGAAACAGAAGUUUAAACACUAUUAUUUGACAGGAGCGAAUACAUACCGCAGUCGUUGUCAGAAUUUCUUUUACCAUAUCCUAACAUUUCAGUUCUUAACUGCUUGUUUACACAUGUUACACCGUCAUGCGAAAGAUGUGUAUUUUCCCCGAAGGCUUUCAUGGAAAGAGUGUGUUGCAAUGCAAUUUAGAACAUUUGCUAUUCAAACAGCCACCGUUAGCGGACGAUUUUGUCGUUAGAAUAUAAGCAUAUUACUUUAAAGGUGUGCAUCCUUGCAUCAGAUAAUCAAAGUGAAAGAAAGUGAAAACUGUAAAUAUAAGGCUUAACUUAUGGUUAUGUUAUCAUGAUUGUACCAUUUGGAUAUAAAAUACAGACUGUUAAAGGCAGUACUGCACGUUUGGUGACCGAAUAUAUUGGUGCAACGUCAUUUAUCCGGAUAACGUAGAAUAAAGCCUGGACAUAGGGAAAUGAAAGUAGUUUUUUUAAUUAAUAGCAACUCAUGUGUAAAUUUAUCAAGACGGCGACGUUACUCUCAUUUUAAAAAUAAAAUAUUAUAUUUAAACACUUGACACAAUAUCUCACAUAUAUCUCAAAAACAAUGACACGGACUCAUACAUGUUAUUUCGCCGUAUUAUUAACCAUGGUUUUUACGACUGUGAGAGGUUUUAUUAAAAUCUACAUUGUAGAAUAAAAUCUAUUUGCAAAAGUGUUAUCAAAAUUGAGAUUUUCCCAUAGACUUCCAUUAUGAAAACUUGUUUGAGGUUAAAAUUAUUCAAAUCAGUCAAGCUAAAACUCAAGCACACGACUCUGUGUUUUUUAUUUGUAGAAUUUUCGAAGUAUAUUCUUAAGUUUUGAAAAAUCAGAGUUUAAUCAAAUUCUACAUCGGAACGUGCAGAACUACCAAAGGCCUUGUGAUUCCGCAUUGCCUGUGUAUUUCAUAUCCAGUAUAUAUUGUGAUUAUGCUUACACAUUUAUGAUGAUGCAUACAUAUGCCUUUACAGGUGUGGACUCUCAACCUGCCUACUUGAAAUGCUUAAAUUUCGUUCUGUUUGUUACUUUAAAGUUCCUGUUAUUAACGGACCAUCAAAAAAAAAAGAAAGAAAACAAAACAAAAAAAAAAAAAAAAGACUUCGCGUUGUUAUUCGGUUGAUUUACGACGGUUCAAAGUUCUGGUUAAGUGGUCAAGCAUGGCCAAUUAGACAAUGAUCCACAAGAAGAUCCUAUUCAGUAAACAUACUAUCAUGCUCAUUCAAACAUGAUUAUAGGAAUUUUGAUGAACUUCAUUGAUCCGAGUAGUAAUGAACUAAACGUGCGUUUAUCGCAGAAUAUACUUCAUUUGCUGUUGAAAAAGUUAAAAUGUUUUACAAGAGAAAACAUCUACAAGAAUAUCUACUGGACAUAUCGGGAUAAAACAAUACGCUAUAUUUAUGAUAUUUCUGUUACAUAAUUAAAACAUUUGUUUCGUAAAGUGAAACUUGAGCUUGUGGUAGGCCUAAUAGCUUUCUACAUAAUGAACACUGUUAAUGAACAUUAACGAGACAUUUCAGUUUUAAACUUUUAAAUGACUCAGAGAAUAACAAAUGUUAAUGUAACAGGCGUUGUUUUCAAUUCAAAUCAUAGUCAAGUUUGUUUAUUAUCACCAGCUACGCUACUGAAAAUAUAGAUCUACAAAAUAUCAGCUGUUUCGACAUUCAUUUUGAGUACACAUUUUUUUUUAAUAUUUGAAGCAUUUAAUUAUUUAGAUUCCUAAAUGUUUGGUUAAGUUGUAACAUGUAAGUGGUGUCUCAGUAACCACUUGUUUGAAUGAAUUGAAUCUUAACACACUUGUUCACUGUGAUGUACACAGAUUUAAGUAACGCUUAUUGCUUGCCUCUGUUUCCGAACAAUGUUUGGUUAAGUUGUUGCAUGUAAGCUGGUAUAUCAAAACCACGUGUUUAAAUAAAUUGAAACUUAACAGACUUUUCACGUGCUAUGAACCGGGUCAUUAACUUUUUUACAGUCUCACAACAAAGUGAUGCCUCCUUUCUUGACAUAGUAUUUUAUUUUUGUAAAUAUUUUUGUGACAUCAAGCGUUGCUCUUGUAUUUCUUUAGUGUAUUGUUUUUGUUGUCAUCAUCGUUGUUUUUGUGAAUUCGUGAGACUGCAAUGAGUUACCCGUCUGAACCACGUGUGUGUCACUUAUGGGCUUAUCGUAUGAGGUCGUAUGUGCUUUUCAUUUGGAGAUGUCGUCCGAUGUUAAACUUUUGAUGAAGCAUGCAUGAUUAUUGUAAUAAAAUAACGUGCUAUUCAUGUUCAGUAUUGAGAAUGUGAUGAAACAAGGUUUUCUUCCAGGAGUGUUUGUUGUAAAUGGCUUCAUAUUAGAAUGUUUUGAAACAAGUUAUACGAACAAUGCCUACUUGUAAGUGGUUUCUCUGUACAAAAAGACAAUUUUAGUCAUAUAUUCUUCUAUUCAACGAUGAAUUUUUCUUUCGAAUUACGUAACGGCCUCAUUUCAUCACUCCCUCCUUUUAUUUCGUUUUCAUUUUAACGUAAGCGGUCUUUAAAACUUAUUCACACGCAUUCUGUGUAUACAAAAUAAGUCCUGUAGAUUUUUUCAUCUUGUUUUAAAUGUGUCUAUGUAUACAUUGUGUUUGUUCAAGUACAUGUAUUAUUGAA